CCGCGCGCUGCGGGCGGGAGGCGGCGUCCGCACGGCCGACUUGCAGCCCCCGCCCUUGUUUUCCCCGCGCCGCGGGAGGCUGCAGAGCCAGAGGCGCCGGACCCUCGCGCGGCGCCCCUGCGUCCCCGACGGCCGCCUAAAGCCCUCGCCUUAGGGAGGAGCAGGGAAGAACUUUCUUUGAACCGCGAACAUUUUUGGUCAUUGGGGCGGUCUCCCAUGCUUGGGCUUCCCGCCUUUUGAUUGCGGGUUUGAUCUGCGCCGUUCUCCUCACCCCGCAGCUCCCUGAGCGCAGCCGGGAGCCCUCGCGCGCGCGAGUGCGGGCAGAAGCUGUCCGGGCGCCGGGGGCUCCGGGGCGCGCGGCAUGCAGUCUCUCAACAUCUCCCGGGAGCAGUUCUCCCGGCUUCUGCGGGACCACAACCUGACGCGGGAGCAGUUCAUCGCGCUGUACCGGCUGCGGCCGCUCGUCUACACCCCCGAGCUACCCGGGCGAGCCAAACUGGCCUUCGUGCUCACCGGCGUGCUCAUCUUCGCCCUGGCGCUCUUUGGCAACGCGCUGGUGGUCUACGUGGUGACCCGCAGCAAGGCCAUGCGCACCGUCACCAACAUCUUCAUCUGCUCCUUGGCACUCAGCGACCUGCUCAUCGCCUUCUUCUGUAUCCCGGUCACUAUGCUCCAGAACAUCUCCGACACCUGGCUGGGGGGUGCCUUCAUUUGCAAGAUGAUGCCAUUUGUCCAGUCUACUGCUGUUGUGUCAGAAAUUCUCACUAUGACCUGCAUUGCUGUGGAAAGACACCAGGGGCUUGUGCAUCCCUUUAGAAUGAAGUGGCAAUACACCAACCGAAGGGCGUUCACAAUGCUAGGUGUGGUCUGGCUGGUGGCAGCUGCCGUGGGAUCACCCAUGUGGCAUGUGCAGCGACUUGAGGUUAAGUAUGACUUCUUAUAUGAGAAAGAGCACAUCUGCUGCUUGGAAGAGUGGAACAGCCCUGUGCACCAGAAAAUCUACACUACCUUCAUCCUUAUCAUCCUCUUCCUCCUGCCGCUUAUGGUGAUGCUCAUCUUGUAUAGUAAAAUCGGUUAUGAACUUUGGAUAAAGAAAAGAGUGGGGGAUUGCUCGGUGCUUCGAACUAUUCAUGGAAAAGAAAUGUCAAAAAUAGCCAGGAAGAAGAAACGAGCUGUCGUUAUGAUGGUGACAGUGGUGGCUCUCUUCGCUGUGUGCUGGGCACCUUUCCAUGUCAUUCACAUGAUGAUUGAGUACAGCAAUUUUGAAAAUGAACAUGAUGACAUCACAAUCAAGAUGACUUUUGCUAUAGUGCAAGUAAUUGGGUUUUCCAAUUCUAUCUGUAAUCCCAUUGUUUAUGCAUUUAUGAAUGAAAACUUCAAAAAAAAUUUUUUAUCUGCAGUUUGUUAUUGCAUAAUAAAAGAGAACUUAUCUCCAACACGCAAGCAUGGAAAUUCAGGAAUUACGAUGAUGCAGAAGAAAGCAACAUUUUCCCGGAGAGAGAACCAAGUAGAGGAGACCAAAGGAGAAGCAUUCAGUGAUGGCAACAUUGAAGUCAAAUUGUGUGAACAAUCAGAGAGGAAAAAACGUCUCAAAUGACAUCUUGCCCUGUUUAGUUUCUGAACUUGCUAAGAAUUCUGCUUUGGACAGUGGGCAUUAAUUUUAACAAUGUCUUAAUGAUUAAUGCCAUUCAUAAGUUAAUCUGAGGAGAAAAUUAUUUUCAUCAAAGGUCGAACACUUUUUUAUUGUUAGAAUGAUGACAAGAAAAAAAUAUGACAUAAUACAAUUUUGAAAAAUUAGAAAGCCAUCCUUGUAGAUUAUAAAAGUGGAUUAAAAAAAUCUUGUACAGAAAAAACUGUUCUUGGCUAGUAGUUGUCCCCCAUAUACAGUCAAUGUGAUGUGACUUUCUGUGUAUUUUUAAAUUGGAUGAAAAACUAGCUUAAAAGUUAUAUCUUCUUUCUUGAAUAAGUUUAGCAGUUGAACACUAUAAUGUAGUUUUUAGGACACUGUUGAAGCUUGGUGAUACAAUCCCUUGCAAAUGAGGUCUGUCCAAUAAUCAUUAGGCCAAGGAAGAUGGAAAAGCAGCACAAUGACAGAUAAAUAAGAUUUAGAGGCAGAUGCUUGGGUUUGAGCUUCUUAUAGCCUUAGCAGUUACCAUGGCUGUGACAACUGGAAAGUCACUUACCCUCUUUAGGCCUCUGUUUCUUCCUGUGUAUACUGGGGCUGUACUUCCUGUAAUUCACAGAACUGCUGCCAGAACAAAAUGAGACACAUGCAGGAAAACACUUUGUACUCUAAAACAGCCUCAUGUUCUAAUGUUCCCCACGUCUCCCCUUUCUGUUCCCUUUUCCUUCCUGGGACUUGCCUUCAACCCUGUCCAACUUCCCACUCAUGCCUAUUUUGUAACUGGUUUCGAAUUUUUCUGGGAUUCUCAUUUAUAGGUUGGCUAUAGUAUAUUUAGACCAAUCUAUCUCAAAUACUUAUAUUUUUAAGCUCUUUAUUUUCAUCAGUGGGGUGAAAGACUUUUUUUUCCUGUUUUGAAAUUUUUAUUUAUAAACUGGAUUUCUACCUUUUAACAUCCAUAUGAGUGCAUAUUCUUUUUUUUAAAUUUUUUAUCAAGGUAUCAUUGAUAUACACUCUCAUGCCGCCAUUUUUACUCUCCGGAAGUCUGGGGUGAAAGACUUUUUGUUAUGUAAAAGGACUUUUAAGUAUAGUUAGUAGAUGAGAGAGAGAAUCAACUCCAAGCCAAUGAAAUAUUACUAUGUUCAAGACUGACCCUAUAGGGAGUGGGGCUGGGAAGAACAGUAGAGUCCUUCACCUACAUUCCUUACCAAAUCCCCUUAAAUUCAGCCCCUCUCUUUUCAGUCUUCUCUUACUCCCAUACGGACCCAGUGGCCUCCAUGCCAGUGCCCUGAGCUUCCCCUUCAACAUCUGAGAUUCCCAAAGUCCGGUCCCAGCCUCAUGGCCAGUGUUUCUUCUGCCUCCAGUUUUCCAGCACCAGAAAAGAUGAGAAGCUCAACAAUACUCAGGGUAUUUCACUUACAAAUUCACAGGGUAUUUAAGGUUUGGACCAGAGAACUCAGGCCACUGGGAUCUUUUAAGAUACAGACUUUUAAUUUUAUAUCUGUGUCAAUGUAAGCAUGGAUGAAGAAAACAAGACACUGUGUGGUAUUAGGAAAAAUGUUAACAUGUCACAGGAAAAUUAACAAAGUCAAGAGAGGAAAACUGAUGAUUUGUUCUGGGUUUAAAUGAACUCAUUAUGAGCUAUUUGUGUACACUGUCUUCUUGUUGUGCCUAAUUACCUGUAGCAAGACAAUGAUUAUCAUUAAAUCGUUAAACCAUUAACAACUAAUCAGAUUCACUGACUUUAAUUAUCCUUAUGUAAUCUGCAAAUAUCUUUAUGACUCUUUCCGUAUUUGAUGUCCAUAUGCACUAAAUAUGACUUAGUGAAGAACAGCUAAAUCAACACUGUUACUGACCAUUUAAUUAUUAAUACUUGAGGAUUUAAAAGAAUUCCUAAACAUUGCAGAACUUGAGCUAAAGCAUUUAGAUAUUAAAGAAUACUUUAAAUAUUUACUGUAAAAUGUUCAGACAUCCUGUGAGAGCAUUUUCUUCAGGAGGGGGUGCGGCUCACAUUGCAUUAAUGCUAUUUAAGAAACAAAAUUAGUUACGGAGCAUUUUUGUUGUAGUUGUUCUGUGUAUAUAAAUCCUUUUUCUCUGUUAUGGAAGUUUAGAGGAGAAAUCUGAUCCAAUCUAUUACUGAGAAACUUCCACUAUUAGCCAAAGAAGCUUUGAAUCCAGUCUGGACACUGAGUGCUGACAGUGGUUUAACACAGCUUAUGAGUCCAUGGAGAGUUCUGCUGUGGAUUCUCAAAAGAAGCCCUGGUUAUGGCCUUUCUUUCUCUUUUUCCUGACUUGACAUUCCUCUGAGUCUUUUGACCCCUUUGUCCUCUACCCAGGCAUCUGCUUUUCCCCCUUUUAUAUCUCUGCCCUAUGUUGUCACUCAUUUUAUUCUAUAUGUUUUUCUCUUAUCUGCUGCUUGGAGUGAGAAUUGUAAAGGGCUGUUUAGAUCCAGGAGGUAGGAUUCAGGAGAGGUACAGACAACAGGUGUUCCACUUAUUAGCAUUUGGGUAAAAUGCUAUAAAAUCAGUGAAAAGAUAUGUGCCACUGCUUAGACCCUUAAGUUUUUUUAUUUCAUCAGGGAUCAUUAUGCCAGAAAGAGCUCUGUAUCUUUUCUUCCACUCCACCAAAGAAUGCCGUUUCUCUUACUGUAUGGUAUGGAUUGGGAUACCAGCAUUACACAGGCUAGUUUGACUGAAAACUAAUUUCUAAGUCUAAAACAAUUUUAAAAAGAAGAACCAAGUGGCAGGGCUUAUA